AGACUUUCAAGCGCAACACAGGUGUGUCUGGGAAUAAAAUUAACAAAACAAUUCAAACAAGAUUUUCAAGAGGAUUACAAAUAAUUAAAAAAACAAAAAUAAAAUUAUUUAAAAGGAUUAUUAAAAUAAUUUUAUUAGAAAAAUAAAAUCAAAAUGAUGAAAUUUGUGUUUGUUUUGUGUGUAGCCUUGGCUUUGAUGCAUCAAACCCAGGCUUUUAAAGUGAUCACAAUACAUAAAGGUGCUCCACCCUCAGCCCCUGCUGUGGAUCCUAGCGCUUUGUUACAAGGAGUCCAAUCUGCCAUUGCUGGUAAAUUACAACAAGUCCAAGCUUUGGUUGGUUCUUUGAUCCAACAGAAAACCGCUCUUAAACAAAAUGCUUUGAAUUCCAUACAAAGCACUUUAGGCAGUGUUAAGAGUCAAGUUGGAAGUCUAGCUGGCAGCUUGCCUCCACCACCUUUUGUCAUCCGCAAGCAGAUUUAUAUUGGUGCUCCCAAGCCAGCACCAGCUGCACCCGAGACCACUACUGCUGCUGAAGUUGAUGCUACCACAACGUCGGGUUAAAUAACUGAUUUCGAUUAAGAAGGCCAAAGUCAAAGAAUAUUUUAUAGAAAACAAAUUCUAGGUACAUAGUUUUUAAGUUGUGCUCACAAAAUAAUUUUAAACGAUAUUUGUAUAUAUGUAUGCUGUAGAUGUGCAUAUUUUUCAAUA